AGUAUAAAUCGUUUAUUCGUGUAAUAUAUAACGUUACUUCUCCCGAUUCGUCGCAGGUCCCGUGAACGCGGAUAUGAAAUUCAAAGUCUUCAGGAUAUGUUGCGUGAUACAUUUCGCAUUACGUUCUUAUAAUUGUCGGAAUUCUUUACGUCGCAACUCGUUGGACACCGUUAAUUAAGUUUAUUAAAUAAACAAGCAAAUUUAAUCACCUUUCUCAACAUGGAAGAUUCAUUCAUACAGAUCGAUCGAGAUUCGAGACACGCACACUUCUUUCGCGACACCCUGUAUGUAUAGGUGGCUGUACGCUGUACUUCGGUUAGACUCGGAAACAUUCGGACGCUCGACAGCACAAGCACACGGACGUGGUUGUCGCUUUGAUGUGUGUGAUGUGUGUUGCUAGCAUGUGGAUGUGUUACCAGCGCAUUAAGAGCAUGGCGCAUCGAUAAGCAGCCGUAGGCCGUAUAGGUUGAGUGUAUUACUGCGUGCGAUCCUUGCUCUAGGGCGGAGUGGCGGAGAGCAGUUGAUAAGCCAAACACGGCAGUUGACGAGGCCAGCCAGCGUGUACUGUGAAACUCUUUUUCCAGAAGGCUUUAUUGAAACCAUUGAAACCAACGGUACUCAUUCAAGAUGAAGAAGAAGGUGCUGUUAAUGGGCAAGAGUGGGUCCGGGAAGACAAGUAUGCGAAGCAUUAUCUUCGCCAACUACAUCGCUCGCGAUACCCAUCGUCUAGGAGCGACAAUUGACGUAGAACACUCCCACGUUCGUUUUCUCGGCAAUCUGGUCCUGAACUUGUGGGAUUGCGGAGGGCAAGAGGCAUUCAUGGAGAAUUAUUUCGCGUCGCAACGCGACAACAUAUUCAGAAAUGUGGAGGUGUUAAUAUAUGUCUUUGACGUUGAGUCGAGGGAAUUGGACAAAGAUAUGCAUUAUUACCAGAGCUGCUUAGAGGCGAUACUGCAGAAUAGUCCGGAGGCGAAGAUAUUUUGCCUGGUUCACAAAAUGGAUCUCGUGCAGGAGGACCAGCGCGACUACAUUUUCCGGGAAAGAGAGGAAGAUCUGAAAAGACUGAGCUUGCCUUUAGAGUGCACCUGCUUCAGAACGAGCAUAUGGGACGAAACGUUAUACAGGGCAUGGUCGUCCAUUGUAUAUAUGCUGAUCCCCAAUGUGAAGGAACUUGAACAAAGCUUGAAUCAGUUUGCUAAUAUUAUCGACGCGGACGAAGUUCUUCUGUUUGAAAGAGCGACCUUCCUAGUAAUAAGUCAUUGCCAGCGACAGUUUCACAGAGACGUUCAUCGCUUCGAGAAGGUUUCCAACAUAAUAAAGCAAUUCAAACUGAGUUGUAGCAAGUUGGCGGCGCAGUUUCAAAGUAUGGAAGUUAGAAACACCAAUUUCGCGGCCUUCAUCGAUAUAUUUACCUCAAAUACAUACGUGAUGGUCAUCAUGUCCGAUCCAACUAUACCAUCCGCGGCGACAUUAAUCAAUAUACGCAACGCGCGGAAGCACUUCGAAAAGUUGGAGCGUGCCAGCCAGAGCUCGGCGUUGAGCAGAUAGAAGUCGGCGCGACCCAGGCGCAUCGUCACCCGGGUCCAUUCUGUUAACAAUUGCUGAAUUUUCUGGAAUCGUAUCGUUAAUAAAGCGCAAUCGCGGGAAAAGAUACGAUUGUCGACGAGAUCGGGAGUCACAAAGUAUAUACAAUCCGUGGCUUUCAACGUGAGCGUUUUUAUGACAAAACAACUAUAUAAUCGACGUGUCCGAAAGAGGCUGACGGUUAUCGCUGUAUUUCAGGCCGUAUAUUAGGACUGUAUCAAUAUAAAUUCAUUCCACAUGUUACUUGCGGAUGUAAUAUGGUCAUAAUGCAUCUGCGAUUUAUCGACGUAGAACAGUUCCCGUUUAUGCGCGAUAUUCUCGCUUCAUUUGGAAUCGGGUUUUUUUUUUUACAUUUUCGAUUAAAGGAUCAUUCGCGAUUCGAAUCAUGUUGCAAUAAUAUCCAACGAAUGUUAGAUAAGUUAUCGUAAACAUAUGUCUUUCUUCUGUAUCUGCAUGCGUCACGAUGGAUGACUGAACGUCCACUUGAGAGCUUCUGUUCUCGAAAAUGAUUCACGACGGUAGAGAAGCUUAUCCGAUGAAGAUAACAGAUACGUAUAACCGCUCUUAAUUAUGUGUUCACUUGUUAGCUUUUACUACUGAGGAUUGUUCUCAAAUAUAAAAGGAGCUGUCGAGUGGAUGUGCAGCCUAUGUUGCAUCGUGCUAUGGUUGUAAAGUCGAUAAAUGGUUAACGUCAAUUUCGUAGAGAAGGAUUGUACGGUGUAUUUGUAUGUUUACAUCCUUAAACGCAAGGUUUACAUACGAGAUGUAACGAAACUAUGAUGUAUUUUUUAAAUGUGCAAAUAAAUUAUAACCACGAA